ACCAACACACGCGAACGCUAGAGAGUGCGCGAUUGGCUGGUCAGGAGAACCUGACCGGUGGUCGGCCAUCGGGGGCUUCAGUACGAAAAAAGAUGGCGGCACCUACGGCAAUUCGGACGGUCGGGGCAAAACUGGGCUUGCGUGAGAUUCGCAUUCACUUAUGCCAGCGUUCGCCCGGAAGUCAGGGCGUCAGGGACUUCAUCGAAAAACGCUACGUGGAGCUAAAGAAGGCGAACCCCGACCUGCCCAUUCUAAUCCGCGAGUGCUCGGAUGUACAGCCUAAGCUCUGGGCCCGCUACGCAUUUGGUCAAGAGAAUAAUGUCUCCUUGAACAACUUUGGUGCUGAUCAGGUAGCCAGAGCUGUGGAAAACGUACUAAGUGGCAAAGCUUGAAGCCUCCACUGAGGGUUGAGAGCAACAGCCCCUGAGCCAGGGCUCUGCUGGACUGAGUACAAUGUGGAAAAAUGUUUUCUCCUGUUCUCUAUAAAGCUUGUGCUGUAAAAUGCU